UGGUCAAAGUUGAAUCAUGCCUACCCCUCCAUGUCGAGUUUGUCUGAUUUCAAACAUUGAAAUGACAAAGUAAACGAUGCACGUAACGAUAAAUUGAUAUGUUUCGUUGGUAACUCUGUGUAGGAAUUCAAUAAGUAUUAUUUUCAAGUUACAACGAUCCUCGGUGUGUUCGUUUGAAAAUAGAACUUUGUUCAUUCGUAGCUCAAGUUUCGAGAUAGAAAAUGGAAAGUUCCAGUUCGGUUCGCGAUUCUAGUUUUUUAACCAUGGAUAACGAUUAUCAAUUAUUAAUUAUGCUGAAAAACGCGAUAUCCUCGGCUUUCAGUACGAGUGUAUUUCUAACGAUAACGGCGAUACAAUAUUUCUUUUUUCCGGUCGUAUUGAUGUAUUCGUUUUGGGCCUACGCGAUAGAGAAAUCGUGGCAGAUUACGAAAUACAUUUCGUCAGAAAUCUAUAAUUUGAUGCAGAUCUUACCGUUAAGCGUUAAAGUUUGGUAUUUGGGAAUGCUCUGCGUUGUGCAGUUCCUGUUUUUGUUCAAAAAAAUGGAAGAAAUCAGUAUUGUUGUGGAGAAGCAAAUCUACGUAAAUCUGAAAGUGAUAUGCACUAUAUUGAAUUUAAUACCGUUAUCGCAUAAACACGCUGCUGGUCUUUACACCAUUAUGAAAAGAGUUCCAAUUUUCGGCAAAGGUCGUUUGCCAUUCCCCAAUUUUCUGUUUGAAGACACGUUCACCAGCAUUAGUUUCCGAAAAGACACCAUCUCGAUGACCAUAGCGCCACCGGAAGAUUUUCCUCAGACCGGAUCUGUACCUGAAACCACAGCUACCGGCAGCAUUAGCGGUGCUGAUGGUGAUGGUGAAAUCGCUUCGACAUCCACUACAGUCCAGAGUCCAGCUUCAGGAUCGACUACUACCGGCACUACUGAUCAGCCAAGUCCAGCUUCAGGAUCGACUACUACCGGCACUACUGAUCAGCCAGCACCUGCAUCGACACCGAUUCCGACUGCUCCGGUGAUAAAUGAGCCUAAACCUGCGACUUCAAGUACGAAUAAAAAGCCAUCGCCAGGUAAAUCGAAAUCGGACGAAAAACUCGCCAAACCAACUGACGUAUCUACCGAUCAAAGUCCAUCGACGUCAACAUCAGAUGUAAAAGCUUCAAGUUCGAUUUAAAAUACGUGAAAAGUUCCGUCGUCAAACUGAUGUUUGUUUAUUUUACUUUACCUGUCUUACUAUAGUAUAUUUGAUUUCAAAAGUCGUCAAUUUUACAUUCGUAUAUGUUCUUAAUGUGUUCGAUAUCGAUUGAUUGUGAAUUUUAUUAUUUAUCUUUCAUAUAGCUGCUUUUACGCUACCGUCUGUCUUUUUUAAUUCAUCGCUAUAAUGUUGUUCGAGUCAGUUGAUCUUGUGUAAAUUAUUCGUUGUGAAAGUUUUUAAAAUUUGAUUUUUAGUCGUAAUGUGCAAAAAUAGCUCACUUGUCAUUAUUUUUUACAAACUGUUUCAGGUUUUUUAUAAAUUUAUUUUAGAGUUAUUUUUACUUAUACUUAUAUCGUAUAGAGAUAAUCGUGUUUACCUAUUUAUGGAGUGUGAAUUUUAUCAUUUCCUACAUGGCUUAAGUAUACCUAACUGAGUAAUAUUAUUGUUUGCUUUUAAAGUGUCUUGUUCGAUGAUGAAUAAAGUAGAUAUAAUUUAUAAUGAAA